CAUACCUUGUGAGUUUUUUCACUUGAGAAGCUGUCAUUGUUCGCGAAGUCGGUGAUAGUUACACAACUCAAUUUUCGACAUACAAUCCACCAUCUUUUUUUCCUUCGCUAGAAGUGUGUGGUACGGUUAUAUAACUCAAGAACAUUUUUUAACAUAAAAUAAAAAAAAAUCAUGUCUGCAUUGACACGAAUGGCCACAAUUUUGGCACGCCAAGUGCCAAAAACAACUGGACAAGUUGCCAUUAAAUCCGCAUCUCCAGCUGCCGGAAUUGCUGCACGCAAAUUCCACGUAUCAUGCAAUCAACGUGCCGCCGAAAUCUCAUCUAUUUUGGAGGAACGCAUCCUUGGUGCUGCACCAAAGGCCGAUUUGGAAGAAACUGGCCGUGUAUUGAGCAUUGGUGAUGGUAUUGCUCGUGUAUAUGGUUUGAAUAACAUUCAAGCCGACGAGAUGGUGGAAUUUUCAUCGGGUCUUAAGGGUAUGGCAUUGAAUUUGGAAACCGACAAUGUUGGUAUCGUCGUCUUCGGUAACGAUAGAUAUAUCAAGGAAGGUGAUAUUGUCAAGCGUACUGGUGCCAUUGUCGAUGUACCAGUUGGUGACCAAAUUUUGGGCCGUGUCGUUGAUGCCUUAGGUAAUCCAAUUGAUGGCAAAGGUCCAUUGGGUACAAAACAACGUUUCCGUGUCGGAACCAAAGCUCCAGGUAUCAUUCCCCGUGUAUCUGUGCGUGAACCUAUGCAAACUGGUAUCAAAGCCGUCGAUUCAUUGGUGCCAAUUGGUCGUGGUCAACGUGAAUUGAUCAUCGGUGACAGACAGACUGGUAAAACCGCUUUGGCCAUCGAUACCAUCAUCAAUCAACAACGUUUCAAUUCAGGCCAAGAUGAAUCAAAGAAAUUGUACUGUAUCUACGUUGCUGUCGGACAAAAAAGAUCAACCGUUGCCCAAAUUGUAAAACGUUUGACUGAUAGCGGUGCUAUUGGUUAUACCAUCAUUGUAUCAGCUACUGCAUCAGAUGCCGCCCCAUUGCAAUACUUGGCCCCAUACUCUGGUUGUGCCAUGGGUGAAUACUUCCGUGAUAAUGGCAAACACGCUUUGAUCAUCUAUGACGAUUUGUCAAAACAAGCCGUUGCCUACCGUCAAAUGUCAUUGUUGUUGCGUCGUCCACCAGGUCGUGAAGCUUAUCCAGGUGAUGUCUUCUAUCUUCACUCCCGUUUAUUGGAACGUGCCGCUAAAAUGUCAAAGGCUCUUGGUGGUGGUUCAUUGACCGCUUUGCCAGUUAUUGAAACACAAGCUGGUGAUGUAUCAGCUUACAUUCCAACCAAUGUCAUCUCAAUUACUGACGGUCAAAUCUUCUUGGAAACCGAAUUGUUCUACAAAGGUAUUCGUCCAGCUAUUAAUGUCGGUUUGUCUGUGUCACGUGUCGGUUCAGCUGCCCAAACCAAAGCCAUGAAACAAGUUGCCGGUUCAAUGAAAUUGGAAUUGGCCCAAUAUCGUGAAGUCGCCGCCUUCGCUCAAUUCGGUUCAGAUUUGGAUGCAGCCACCCAACAAUUGUUGAACCGUGGUGUUCGUCUUACCGAAUUGUUGAAACAAGGACAAUACGUACCAAUGGCUAUUGAAGAACAAGUUGCUGUUAUCUUCUGUGGUGUCCGUGGAUACUUGGACAAAAUGGAUCCAUCAAAAAUCACCAAAUUCGAAAAGGAAUUCUUGCAACACAUUAAGACCAACGAAAAGGCGAUGCUUCAACAAAUCUCAGCCGAUGGUCAAAUCACCGAUGCCACAAACACUAAACUCAAGGAUAUUGUCACCAAAUUCUUGAGCACAUUCUCUGCUUAAGCAGCAUUCAAAUAAUUUCUCUUUUCUUUCGUAUUUUCGCUGAGAAAAUUCUAUCAACAACCUCUUAAACAGAAACACAUUUAAUGUAUUUACAACAUCAACAAAAACAACAACAGCCAGAAUUUUAAGUAAAACCAACAAAUAAAAUUAUAGACAUGUUAAGUUGCAAGAUCCUAUUAGCGAAUAUAUGGCUUGGAUUUUGGGAUUGGUCGCCAGUUGUUUCAACGCAAAAA